CUGGAGGAACACGACGGACGCUUUGUGAUUGCGGCGCUAGGUAUAAUUACCCUCGCAUCUCCUGCUCUAAUCCCCAGCCCGACGACAACUCGACGCGUUCCUUCAAUUCCCCUCGAACUUUCUUUGCUUCCCAAGGAGUCGCCCGUUCCUCAAGAUGCAACUCUUUGUGAGGACACUCGCCGGCGAGGCCAUCCCGGUAAACGCCGAUCCGUCGGACACUAUCUACAACGUCAAGACGAGGAUCCACAGUGAGUCAGGUGAUCCCAUGUCCAACCACCGCCUCAUGUUCGAUGGCAAGGAGCUGGAGGAAGGACGCACCAUUGCAGAUUACGGUAUUGACAAGGAAUCCGUUGUCCAACUCGCCCUUCUCCCGAAGCCGACACGAGGACCGAUGCAAAUCUUCCUGAGGAUGCCGAAUGGUCGGUUAACCCUCGAGGUCGAGAGCUCAGACACCGUAGACAAGGUCAAGAAAAGGAUUCAUGUUACGUGGGGCAUCCCGCCACCAUCCCAGCUGGCCCUCCUCCUUGACGGAAGGCAGCUAGAGGAUGGGCAUGGACUGGAUGGCUAUGGAGUCUGCGAGGGGUCCACCCUCCACCUCGCCCUUCGUGGGUCGGGCUGGAUCCUCAUCUCUGUCAGGCUGCCUAAUGCCCGCAAGAACCCCAUAAUUCCUCUUAUGGUCCAGAGUUCAGAUACCGUCGACAUAUUCAGCGAGAAGCUCCAGGAAUUGAAGGGGAUUACCGCGUCUGAGCAGCGCAUCAUCUUCCGGGGAAGCCAGCUGAAGGAUGGUCGCACCCUAGCGGAAUGUGGCGUGGUGGAGAACUCGUGCCUCGAUGUGUUACUCCGUCUGCGUGGUACAAAUUGCCCUGGUUGUGCGAGGCAGCGAGGGGAAGAAGUUGACUGAAGCUUAAAAGUCUUGUCUAUUGGUAUACGCUUUUGAGGCGUUCUCAUCUCUAGCUGUGAAGAGUAAAUUGUUGAGUACCUAAGUAUCAUGCUUGCUGCAGUUGUUGGUUGUUUUUAUUUUUUUACACAAAGAUCUAAAGUCUCUCAAGUUUCCUGUAAGAAAUACUCCCUGUGCCGUAUAGAG